GCGCGCGCGCCAGUCAUGGAACGGCGGUUAGCCGAGUACCGGAAGGCCCGGAAACGGACCUGGCAAGAGACGGAAGCCAGCGUUUCGGGCCUGAGCGCUCAAACCUCCAGAGAGAAGGCGGAACCAGCUGCGACCCCUCGGCCCGUCGCGGGCUGGCUCCGACGCUUCCUGGCGUGGAAAGUGAGGCCCAGGAGUACCGGGCCCCGAGCCGACCCUGCUCAGGAAGCAGUCCAGGCUCAACUGGGAAACAGCUCAUCACAGCCCUCUCUGCCUAUGCCACCACCAAAGCCAAAGGACCAGUCGCUCUUGACCAAAAUUACCAUCUUGAAGGUGCUGCUCUGGCUGGUCCUCCUGGGCUUCUUCGUGGAACUGGAAUUUGGCUUGGCCUAUUUCGUCCUAUCCUUGUUCUACUGGAUGUACGCAUGCAUGCGGAGUCCUGAGGAGAGGAAGGCAGGAGAGAGAAGUGCCUACUCGGUGUUCAACCCAGGCUGUGAAGCCAUCCAGGGCACACUGACUGCAGAGCACUUUGAACGCGAUUUAUUGUUCAGACCCCGGGAGAGGAGAUAAGCUUGAACUUUUGGGGCCUGCAGCUGCCAAAGAUGGGCCCUGCUACCCGUGGGCAUAAAUUCAUGGGUUUGAGUCCAGGACAAAACUCAAGACUAAGCUUAUCUUUGGGACCUCGUACCUCUCCCACUUGCUUCCCCUGUCCAUCCAAUCUGCUGCUGCCUUUUUAUUUUUGAACUUGGCUUUGUGGAAAAAAUCCCUAUGGGUCUCAGGCAAUUUGUAAAAUGACAUCUUCAAAAAGGAGACUAUCAUUAAAAGUAAAUGUGUUUGCCUUUUAA